UUUCAUUUCCGUUCGUCUGUCAUGCAUCAGUCAAAGUCAUCUGUCAAUUGUGGUGGUCGUGUUGUGAAUUGUAAUUUUAAUAUUUUAUUGUUUACCUGGCAUUUUUUAUUGUUCUACGUUUAUUAUUUGUACGUCACACCAUCUAAACCGGCAUCGGGCAAGCGACCAAUUCUCAAACCCACAUUCCUAUUGGAAGUGACAUAAGGAUGUGGCGCGCGUAACGGAUUAACGUUUCCUACAUUCCUUAUUUGUAGCGUAGGUAACUCGCUCCCUAUGGGAUGUUAUUUCAAAUCGGUGCCGGGAAACAAGGAUGCCUUUCAAGUUGAAGCUGAAGAAGACGCGGCAGUACAAUGUUGCGUCGAAGAGUUUGUUUGUCAUCAGUGUUGAACUCUUGGACGGUGGAGUGGCUGACUGCACGCUGUCCGUGGAUAGCUCGGGUCUCGAGUGCUUGGAUAACGUGUGCCAGCGCCAGGCGAUCAACCAGCCCGAGUUCUUUGGCCUCCGGUAUCUGAAUAGGAACUGUCAACCGAGAUGGGUACAGUUAGAACGGCCACUGAAGCGCCAGCUCGAUAAAUACGCAUCAGCUCAUCAGUUGUACCUCCGCGUUAUGUAUUAUGUGAUCUCUGGAACAAGUUUAAUUACUGAUGAAGUGACCCGUUAUCAUUAUUUUCUCCAAUUGAAGAAUGAUUUGAUUGAGGGGCGAAUAUCGUGUGACUGUCAGCAAGCUGUGGUGUUAGCAUCGUAUAGUCGUCAGGCGGAGUACGGGAAUCAUGACCGGGAGCGCCAUACUGUAGAAUAUUUGAAGAAUCUCUUGACGUUUCCGAAGCAGAUUCACGAUGGCAAUCAGAUCAUUGAUGUGAGCAACCGAGCGGAGUCUGGGUGGCUGGAGCGGUUGACCAGUGCUGUCAUACAACAUCAUAUGGCCCUUCACAAUAUGUCACAGGCUCAGGCAGAAGAAGGUUUCAUCACGACCUGCCAGCAAUUACCAGGGUACGGUCAAGAGACGUUCAGCGCCCGAGAUCAGAGGACUCAGAAGGAGGUCACACUGGCGAUAUCCAUCACCGGCAUCAAGGUCAUCACCGAUAGCCCCGACACAACCAGAUAUUAUAGGUGGAUGGACAUAACGAAUGUGAUUAACCACAAACGCACAUUCAGCAUAGAGUGUCUCCAGCAAGCGGAGUCAGCUUCCUUCAUCCUGUGGAGCCCUGAGGACGGGAAGGACGUGUGGCGAAUGUGCGUGCAACAACAUACCUUCUAUAUGCAACAUCAGAAGGCGUUGAGCGACCAUCCGACACCUAACACAGCGCUCGCCAGUAAAUUGCAGCAAGACCACUGCCUAUCGGAUAGUCGCGAAGAACUGGACACUCGGGAGGCCGGGGGCUCCGCCCUGGGGUCCGUGGCGCGCCUCGAGCCACUCUCGGCGGCGCACAGGGCUCACUCCACGUCCUGCUUAGAACUGGCUGAACAGAGGCCUCAAGUUGUACACAGGAAUCGUGCCCUUCUACCAUCGUACCGCCCGGCGCCUGACUACGAAACGGCAAUACAACAAAAAUACCAACAGCAAAGGGCGGAGGCCCAACUCAGAUACCAAAGCCACCCCCACCAACCGCUAGCAUACGGCUCCCACCCGGACAUCCACCGGGUUCACUACCCGGACGUGACCAGGCACACUCUAUCCGUGAACCAAGUCGAAGACUACCAUUACGGGCUCAAUAUCCUGCCAGUGCCCUUCGCAGUGAACCCUAACGUCCAGACUGAAAGGAAUCCCAAAUUACAAUACAUUAAUGUCUAUAAACCACCCCCUCCUUACCCCUCUAACGGUCUAGCCUCAAACUCCACGCCAGAUCUAGCUUUGGCCAGUCAAGCGAUGAACUAUCACAGAGGAUACAUCAAUUCCCACGUCUCAGGCUCCAGUCCGGACCUGGUUUCCACUAGAACUGUCAUUAACAGACAAUACCUUGGCUAUAUCAAUCCUGGUACCCAUAACGUUGUCAAUUACCCACGGCCCAACAUCCUACCCAACACCCACGGCACUUACAACAACCUCAACUCUGUGGUGGAACCCAACCCGCACAUAAUCAUGGACCCCCACCACAUCUCUGAUAGUAUCCAAAAAGUUUACGACGAAAGAGGGAAUAUUAUGUACUCUAUGCCCAUGCAUAGAGUGCCGUAUCAGAGGCAUAGGGUCGUGCCUCAACAGCCGAUCAAGCUGGCAGACGCUCGGGAGCCGAUCUAUGAGAACGUUCCUUUACCGUGGCUGGAUCACAGCAAGAACACAAUGAGGGAUCGGGCGCACAGUCUUACGACUACGGACGAGAUCGCGCGUCUGAACGAGCGGAAUAGCAGUCACCCCACCAUAAACAGUUACGGCAUCAACAACGCGUCUUAUCCUAAAGUCUCCAUCAACAUACAAACACCAGACAGCCACUAUGUGAACGCCCAAGUCAUCAAAGGUGUUAGAGAGUCCAGCGUGCCCAAAGACUUGAAUUCCAACAAGCAAGAAUUCGAAAAUAUAACUCUUGCCGUCGAUAGACUGUCGUUACAACAUGAAGAUAACAAUGACGAGACCCCGUAUCAAAGUUUAUCGACUCACAAAGUGAACAACAAUAUAACUAAAAGCGCGGACAACGUCACGUCUAUAAACGUUAGUGACGUUAGCAAUUUGACGAACUCCACGUUUACUUCGGUUGAGAUAGAUAGUGCUAAUUCUAGUAAGAGUACAGUGAGUGGGAAAGAGAAGAAGCGUAGGAGGUGGGGGGUGUUCAUGGGGAGGGGGAACGCUAAGGAGGUGAAGAGCGCGACGCUGGGCCGCGCGCGGGCGGAGCCCCGGCCUGCGCACACGCACCGCUGGUCCACGGGGCUGCCGAAAGCGCAGCCCCUGCCGCCGAGCAUCACUAAAGAGACUUUGUGCCAACUGCUCGAACGCAAGAUGUCCGACGAUCAGCUGUCAUUCGCCUUCGACCAGAUACCCAAAGGCCGAUCAGGGGCAUCGGCCGAGCAGUUCAAGACGGCCCUGCUACCUCAACACGCCUCCAUCAACGGCAAUAGCCUGGACAGCCUUCCUUAUGAGGACAACAGGGUCAGGCUACAUCCCUCGCCGCAGAAUCCGUGCGGUUAUAUCAACGCUUCACAUAUCACGAUGACGGUGGGCAGCACCCAGCAGUUCUACGUGGUGGGGAAGGUGUCCUCCCCCCCGCACCCCCCACCGGCAGCCGCAGCCGCGCCCGCGGGCUGCUCGUGCGGCGGACACUGCCCCUUGGUGUGGGAGUGCGCUUGGCAGGUCGGCGCACGUCUCGUGGCGUUUGUUGAUGAGAAGAGGCCCCACUACCUCCCAGCGGAUAACAGGACGCAUCAAUAUGGACAGUUCCAAGUGUCAUGCGGCACGUCUUCGACUGCGCCAUGGGGCAGCUCCGCGCUGGUCACCAUUCGCCGGGCCGGGAGCCCCGCCCCGAGGCGGCUGUGGCACGUGCACUACCGCAGCUGGGGGCCGCUGCCCGCCCCCGCCGACGUGGCGGCGUUCCGCGAGUUCCUGUCGGAAAUGAACGCGCUCCGGCUGUCGUGCGAGGCGGGCGAGUGGUGCUCGCCGGCGGCGGGGCGCAGCGCGCCGCUCGUGCUGCUGGCGGGCGCCGCGCCGCGCGCCGGGCUCGCGCUCGCCGCGCACCUGCUGGCGCACAUCCUGGACCACAGCCAGGAAUUAGACAUCCCUCGAACAAUCAGCCUGCUCCAGCAACAGCGGGCUAACCUCAUAGAAAAUGUGCACCAAUACAAAUUCCUGCAUCAAGUGUUGCUGCAUUAUCUCAAACAGUCGCGGCUCAUUUAAUAUUAAACACUGCCAAAGAAAUGACGGAACACAGGAAAACUUAUGAGUCGUGUUUACGAGAUUUACAUUAAGAAAAAAAAUAAAAUAAUAAAACGAACAUAGUCAUAAUAUAAAUGUGUGCUAUUAAAAAAAAUGAAACCUACGGCAGCAUUCUGAAUUUAAAUAAUAUUAAAAUAGAUAUGCUGGCCGGUAGUAAUUUAUGAUCGAGAAAAAAAUUAUGGAUAAUGGCGCCAAACGAAAAUUAAGCCUCUUUGGCGCUGUUUUUUUUAUAUUUUUUAAUAUUUAAUGAAAAUAUGAACUGUUGUCGAUUACCAUAUACAUUAUAAUAAAUUAAAUCAAUUUGUGCCUAUUGCUCAAUUCUGCGAUUGUAUAUUUCGAAAUGUUAAAUUAACUUAAUAUUCUACUUCCCAUAUACUUAUGCGUGCCAUUUUAACUACCUACGUGUUUUUUAUAAUUCCAAUUCUUAUAUUUAUCAGUAUUCUAUAUUGCCAUAUCGCACACUAUUCUCUGUCACAAUUUUGUUUAUUAAUUAAUUACAAUACGCAAAAACAGGCAACCAUUUCCGAGGAAGUAAGUUAUAAGUGUAAUAAUAAUUAUAGUAUUUCUUAUUAACAAUACCAAUUAUUGUCAACUUGUAACCGGAAACCCUGACUUUCAAAUCGCAGAUUGAAAGAAAAAGUUAAAGAUUGGAAAUAUCUUUUAUAUAACUCCAUAAUUAAUUUUAAUUAAUAAUAACAAAAAUUUAGGUUUAGAGUUGACUGAUAAAAUUCAAUCUUCCUCGAUUUAAUACUUUAUAAUAUAUUGUGUAUACAUUUUUGUAAUUAAUGUCAAAUAUUAAGAUGAAUUUACACCGUUACAUUUAGAUCUUUAUAAGUUUUUGAUAAGAACAGUUAAUAGCGCACGCCACGAAAAUGUUAAACAUUUUUAAAUGCUGCUGACUUUUUCGUAACCUAAAAUCAAUAUUAAAAAGACUAAUUAUUGUGCCUUUUUGUAAUAGAUUUCUAUAAUCUUAUUCAAUAGGAUGUUUGUUCUAAAAAGCACUUGCGACAGAUUUAUUUUCCCUUGCCGUAAAAGUAGGUAUAGGAUAAUGUAUAUACGAAGGUUACUUACUCGGACCUACUAGAAAAAUGGCUUUGCAAGGAAAUUAUAGACUCGUUUUGGAAUUUCAAUAACUUGGGUCGCAAGUCUGUUCAGAUUGUAACGUUCUAAUUUGGGAGUUUUUUUUACCCAAUUAAAAAUAUUCGUCCAUUUUAAAACUAACAGAGUAUUCGGCGUGUAACGAGCGUACUAAAAGUAUUAUCUUAGCUGUAAAUGGAUGUGAUUUAUUUUUUUGUAUAGGUGGUUUGAAGUGCUCAUUACCUAGAUUUUAAGAUCAUGUGCCUUACAUUGGAGAUUAUUCGCGAUCUGAUCAUGUUUUUUAUCGUAUGUCUUGUAUUAUAGAGAUUUUGUAUCAAUUUGUAUUGGACAUAUUUUACCUCGUCAUAUAUCUAAUAAACACCAGCCAAAUUUUCUAAGCAAGUUUAGAUCGUUAGUCUUAAUAAAGUUAAAAAUAAAUUGUGACAGUCGGAAUAUUACAUUCUCAUACGACUAUUAAAUUCUUUCUAAAGUUUUUAAGAUCGAUGUUCUAAAGUUACUCUGAAAAUUUGUCUGUAUAAAGUCAAUAAGUAUCAGUUUAUAUUAUAAUGAAAAUUAAUUACUCACUAGCAUUUUAUAGUUCGUGAAGCAGUUAGCGAUAUCAAAUAUUACUGUUGAAAAUAUUUAUCAGAGAUAAGAUAUGUUGAUUGUAAGUUUAAUUAAAUCUACAUUGUUUACAUAUUAAUCUGUUUUGAUAGAAACCUUUUAUAAUAUUGUUUGUGGUUAGAUUUUUUUUGAAGGUGUGUUUUAAGAUUACUUGCUGUCGCGUCGCCCGAUUAAAAUGUGCAUUAAUAAAUUUAUACGGGACAAAUAACUCAGAUAGAGUUAGCUGCGAAGUUCAGACUUUUGUUACGAGAUACUAAUUCAACGAUACCAUUUUUUAUGAUACUUAUAUAGAAAAAUAUAUAUGAAUAAAAUAUUCAAUAUACUUAUAAACUUUCGCGUUACAGGAUUAUUAAUAUAACAUCAUGAUCUUCAUCCUGUGACUAACUAUAUUUUAUAUUUCGUUUUGAAUUUUGUUUUACAAUAAUCGCGUUGUAACUAUUGAAAUGUUAGUAUUUUUUAUCGGAAAUGUCUUAUUAAAUUUUUAUUUAUUACCAUUCAUAAAAUUUUUAUAUAACCGAAAAUGUCACUUGGAGUUUUUUUUUAAGAAUGUAAUUAGUUUAUGGCCAUUAGUGAAAUAGAUAUAUAGAAGUCCUCGUAUUGUCGAUGGGUAGACGUGGGCAAGUCCCGUGUAUCGUCGCAAGUAUGUGUUCAUUUUAUAUCGCGUUAAAAAAUGAUCGUUUUCUAGUCCAACGGCAGCUAUGUAUUUUUCUUUAGAGUAAGUUUGCUCGCUUGGCCAGGCUGAAAGAGAUUGAUUUAAAAUAUAUCUAAAAUAUAGCUUUUACCAACAGCUUCGUCAGCGUGAAAAAGCGCCACCUACAAAAAAAUACCUACAGUUCUUUCGCAAAACCAAGGGAACUUUAGUUUUUUUCUGUACGGUAUAUGUAUGAAAACGUAGUAACACGGCGUCACUAUGAACAACGUGAAAAGAUCCCGCCAAAGGAUAAGGCAGUGUGUUUUAUUCAUACUGGUAGUUGAAUGAUUUUUUUUUUUUAAUAAAAAAUAAAUUUGUAACAUUAUUUAUUGUGUUUCAGCCUGGCUGACAAAUUAUUCGAUAUUUAAUUACCUAAUAUGUACGCGCAACAUUUUGUGAUUUUUUUUUUAAAUAUUUCAUGAGUUUUGUACUUUUUUUAUUCUUUCUUUACAAAAAAAAAGAAUAAAGCAUGUAUUAUUUUACAAUAUUUAAAUGGAUUAUUUAGAUUUUUUUUAAACAGCAUAUUUUAAUUGUUUUAUCUGCAUGUAAGAAGCGAUUUAAGUAUUUAUUCCGAGAAAUCGAUUGGGUAUUGUAAAUUUUAUAAAUUGUGAUUUUUUUAUGCCGACAAUAAAAUGUAACAUGAAUUACUA